UUUGUGAAAUAGUCGUUGAAGAGCAUUGAAAACUCCAAAAAUGAAGUCCUACCUAGUACUGAUUUGUAGCGCUCUUCUUGUUGGAGCGUUCUGUGUUGUAUUCGCUGCACCCAGCGAAAACGCAAAUGCUGGGGAACCUGCUACGGAGCCUGCUCCGGGUCCUUUGAUUUUCCCACCGUACAGCCUUAAUCCUCCAAGAAUUCCAAGGCCAAUUCCCGGCGUAGAGGAAACGUCCGAAAGUAUCAGCGAGUCGAUCUCGGUCAGCGAUUCGUCCUCGGACAGCGAUUCGUCGUCUAGUAGCGAGUCUUCAUCGGAGGAAAAUGAUGGGGGAAAACCUGAAGGACGUACCUUGUUCCUCAUCCUACGCCUAUUGCAAUUGCUACAGAACUCGACCUCUUCGGGCUAGGCUAUAGAGGGUGUGCUCUGCUGACACUAUUAUAUUCGUUUUUCUUUCAAAUUAUUAUUAUAUAUUGUUCAGAUAUUUCAAGAUUUUCAGUUAAUAAAUUAUAUAAUUAUGGAUUGCAUGAUAAA